ACCACUCAAUAAGCAGGUCGGCCAAAUAUGUUCAAUCGGAUAGAUGCGAGCAAAUCCACGAAAGGUGCGAGCAAAUUGCGAAGGGACCUGAUAAACGCGGAGAUCGCCAACUUGCGAGACCUCCUGCCGCUUCCACCCUCGACACGACAGCGGCUCUCUCAACUACAACUCAUGGCUCUUGUUUGUGUCUUUCUCAGGAAGGCAAAUUACUUCCAGCACGUAUUAAAAAAAGACCAAGAAUCCGCAAGCAUGCCAACGCCAAACAUUGGAUUUUCAAAGGCCAUGUCCGGCUUCAUUAUGAUGAUGACUCAACAAGGCAAGCUGCUGUAUAUAUCGGAAAAUGCUGCCGAAUACUUGGGUCACUCGAUGGAAGACCUCUUGAUCCACGGAGACAGUGUUUACGACGUGGUCGACAAACAAGACCACAUGGUCAUUCAGAAUCAGCUGGCUAGAAGCUCGGGCGGACCGGGCAGCGGCGUCGAAGCGGCGGCAGUGGGCAACAACGGAGCUCCGGGGACGGCGACGCUGCCCAACGACCGGAGAUUAUUUCUGUGCCGCAUAAACGUGUCGCGCAACUCGCGCAGGCAGCUGCGCUUCGGAGAUCAAAAGGUGGUGCUGGUCGAGGGCCGCUACUUGCCGUUCGCGUUGCAGAGCAACCGCAGCGAGUCGGUCUUCUUGGCGUCGUGCACGCCGGUGGUGCUGCCCGAAACGCGCGAGAGCGUCGUGCAGGGCGCGACCAACAUAUUCACGACCAUCCACUCGAUGGACAUGAAAUACCUCCACAUCGACAAAACAGCCGAAAGUCACAUGGAAUACAGUCGCUCGGAGCUCGUCGGCGUCUCCUGGUAUAAUCUCCUGCAUUGGGACAGCAUUCGCACGGCAUAUUGCAAGCACCAAACUGUUAUACAAUCCGAUCAAGAGCGCUCGAGUACAGCGUUACUGAGGAUACAGAGUCGCUCCGGCAGGUGGUUCUGGGUCCACUGCGUCCUACAAGUCAAAGACACCUCCGAAGAAUGCCAGCAUCCGAUUAUUGUUUGUACCAAUCAAGUAUUAAGCGAGAGAGAGGCCGAGAUAUUGCGCGCAAGUUCCUGGCUGUAUCAGUAUUCGUCGCAGAGCAAGUUCACGUACGGCGUGUGCCCGCAACUGCAGGCGGCGGCGGGGGGUACUACGGCGACGACAGCAACUACUGCUAAUAACACGACGGCGUCGGCCGUGGCGCCGAUAGCAGCGCAGCCGAGCCUCGGCUACGGGCCCGAAGUCGUCGAUUACAAUGGGCGACCGGCGGCCACGGCGGCCGCUCUCCUGGCUAUCCCGUACGGCUUACCGCCGACCGAGCUUGACAUCGCGACUUAUCAGGCUUCGUCCUCCUCGCAUGUCGCCGUCGUCGAUGACAACGCUCAGCUGGGACAUUGGCCCAAGGACAGGACGACGCUCGUUAAGCAGGAACCUACCGAGGUUUACGGCGACUCCAGCAUACAGCAGCAGCAGCAGCCCUUGUCAUCCCGAACUUACCAUCACGCGGGACAGGGGGCGACGGCGCCAGCGGAUAAUACAGCCGAGCCCGUCGAUAUGUCCAUCAACAACACUGCUACCGAGCAGCAGCAGCAGCAGCAGCAGCAGCAGCUGGACGAUAGACACAGCGUUCCUCAUUGCCACAAUCAAGCAGCCGCCGAGUUCUGUCCUUGUAACAAGCCAUACGUAACGAUGGUGCAGCGCAACAAUAAAAGUCCGAGCCGGCCAAUGUCGUCGUCGAACCUGACGUACCUGCGUGCCAGUAACAAGACAAUAAGCCAGUACCUAGCGCCAAAUCAAUCGCCGCAACAAUCGCCAACGCAACCACAGCCAUUGCAGCAGCUGUCACCGGGUAUGGCACCGAGUCCUGAUCACAAUGGCACACCCAAGUACAACAUCGUCGAUUUGGAUAAGCUCGGUCAUCCGAACGACCAGCACCACAUUGACGUCUACGGGCCGACUUACUCGCAAAAGCGGCAACUGCUCUUGCUGCAUCAGACCAAAGUGCAAGCGCCGCUGCCGCCAGCGCCUGGUCUCGAGCCCCAUCCGUGCAUUACCGACCCGUCGCACCAUCACCAUCACCAUCAUCUUGCCCUCCAUCACACGUACGGCUACGAGGUCGGCCAGGACCAAUGGUCGAGUCCGACGGCGUCCGCUUCGCCCACGACGACGGUCGUACUACCUCAGCAACAGCACCAACCAGCGCAGCUCUGGCCGGACUGUGGACUGCAGCGAGUGCCGGAUGUGGUACACCAAGAACUGAGUCCGUACAUCACCACGCCGACGACGCCGGUCGACACGCCCGACGACUCGUCCACGGAUUAUCAUACGCCCGAGACCCCGGUAUCGGUCUUCAAUUUCGACUGGCCGGUCGAGCAGCAUGUGCCAAAUCUUCGCGUUUUGUCGUUUCGUACGCCUGGUUACGUCGACACCAGACGACCGAGCUUUCAAGAGGUGCAACCUAUCACCUUGCAGCUACCCAGGAAAAAGAACUUACAUACUGAGUCGACUGGCCACCGGGAUUACGCUAAAUGAUAUUUUAAAUGUGCCUUAUUACCUUUCUAUUAUCUCCUUGAUUCUUCUUUCUAGUUCCUUUCUCUGUAAUACUUACUUUUGUGUAGAUUAAUAUUUUGUUUUUUUCGAAUGAGAAAGGCAAUUUUAUUUCUUUCGAAAGCCAGUAGUUCGUGUCAAUAUUAGCGUAACUAUCGCCCAAAUCAAUGUACGUGGUACUUAGUUUCUUCAACUUUUUUCUUAUACUAGUGUGAUAUUUGUUGUAGAGCGAUGGAAGAAACUGUAGUAAAGUGUAUGAUAAGGACUUUUUAGCCAAGUAAUCUUGACUUUUCACUGUACAAGUCUGAUUCUGUUGUUUUCGAUGGCUAUUUCGACUUUGACUGUACAAAAAAAAUAUUCAAGAACGCUUGAUGAAAUGGAUAAUAUCAAAAGCUACGAAUAGUCAUUGGAAACAUCAACUAUACAUUAAUCCUACUGUAAUGUACGUAAAUAGUUGCCAAUCUAAACGAAUAAGAAUCUUAACAAUAGAAAAGAAAAGUGUGAUUAUAAAAAUAGAUCUUAGCACCUUUUUUUUCAAUGCGUAAGUGAAUUUUGCUAAAAAAGGGUGUCAUAGUAAUAAAUAUCGUGUCAUAAUGUUAUAAGAAGGCAAAAGAUACUUUCC